AUGGGUUGCAUCAUCUCUUCUCGAAAAAAGAAACCGGUGUCGCCGGAACACCGUCCUCGCUUCCAAGUUUCUCCACCAGCAACAAUCAUCGCUAAUGAUGAUGAUGAUCAAGCACAGAAAGUCUCAGAAAAGGUGAGUGAUAAAUUAGGUCUUAAGGAGCUGAAGAGAGAAGAGAGCGUUCUUGUUGUUAAUCCUCCUCCUCGUUCAUCGGAACUAGCUGACUCCGGUUGGCCGCCGUGGCUUAUCUCCGUCGCUGGUGAAGCCCUUGUUGGUUGGAUUCCUCGCCGUGAAUCUCACUUCGAGAAGCAAGAACAAAUUGGAAGAGGAACAUUCAGCAAGGUGUUCAAAGCUAGAGAUCUUCCCCGCAACAAGACCGUAGCUCUCAAGAGAAUCCGUUUCGAUGUCACCGACUCAGAAAGCAUCAAGUGCAUAGCCAGAGAGAUCACAAUCCUCCGCAAGCUAGACCAUCCGAACAUCAUCAAACUAGAAGGGCUAAUGCUUGUAAAACACGACUCCUCGAUCCUCUACAUGAUCUUCGAGUACAUGGUGUUAAGCUAG